CAGUCUGUCGAGCGCAACCGAUCAGUUUAGCAAAUAUUGUGUUUCCUACCAAACGAGUUGAUUUGUUUAGUUAUUAAAAGAGUGUUAAAAGGCCUUCCGAGUGAUACGAAGCAUACGAAGACAGGCUAAUCCUUAACGAUCAGUGAUUGCUUCCUCACAGUGUUAAAUUGCUUACCGGUUUCGGCACACUUCUUCCCUCCAAUCCGAAUGGCAAACAGCAAUUGACGGUACGAUGGUUUACGACCAGCGGCUACCUCGAUUAUGAACGAAAACCGACGGGCGUACUCUGGGUGUCUCUUGCAGUUGUUACAACAAAGCGACCACACACUUCAUUCCAGAUUUGAAGAGCAAUGAACUUAGAGGUGAUGGACACGGCACAAGACGAUGCGCCAGCAGACUCUAGGAGCCGGGAAAGCUUGGAUCAUCGGGAAGAUUUUCCCAACCUCCGACAACUGAUCGGCCGUCACUUUGCUAAUCUUUGGACCAAAGAAACCGCCCUUCGCCGGUUGCCCGUUCUACAGUGGGCGCCAACUUACCGGCUUAGCAGUCUCCUGUCGGAUGCAAUCGCUGGCAUCACGGUUGGACUUACCUCUAUACCGCAAAGCAUCGCUUACGCCACCGUGGCGAAUCUGGAACCACAGUAUGGGCUGUAUUCCAACUUCAUGGGAUCGUUUGUGUACGGGUUCCUCGGAUCAGUCAAAGAGAUCACCGUUGCUCCGACGGCCGUUAUAGCGUUGAUGGUACAGCAGCCGGUGCUAGAUCUGGGCCCCGCCGGUGCCAUUUUGUUGUCUUUCUUAUCUGGCUGUAUCAUGCUGCUGCUGGGAUGUUUCAACUUUGGAUUCGUGGUACAAUUCAUAUCAAUGCCGGUGAUCACGGGUUUUAUUACUGCAGCUGCCAUAACCAUCAUCAGCAGUCAGCUGAAAUCACUGAUGGGCAUAGCUUCUUCGGGAAAAUCUUCCGGCUUUGUGGAUGCGUGGGUCAACCUGUACGAAAACAUUGGCGAAACUCGGCUGUGGGACUCGGUGUUAGGAUUUAGCUCACUUGCUCUGCUCAUCCUUUUGACGCUCGUUAAAGGACGCGGCCACGGCAGAUGGAAAGUAUUCACGAAAUAUCUUUGCCUGUUAAGAAACGCUAUGAUCGUGCUAAGUGGAGGGUUGAUAGCUUACAUUUGCAGUACACAAGAAGUUUACCCAUUCAAGCUGACCGGCAAGGUAGCGUCAGGAUUACCGUCGUUGGAGCUGCCUCCAUUUGAAACCGACCACAAUGGGAAGCAUUACGACUUUAUCGACAUGAUACGCACACUUGGUUCGUCCGUGAUUUCCGUGCCACUGAUAUCGAUCCUGGAGAUCGUUUCCAUCGGCAAAGCGUUCUCACGUGGAAGGCUAGUGGACGCGACGCAAGAAAUGCUUUCGCUUGGAUGCUGUAAUGUGGCCAGUUCGUUUGUGUCCUCAAUACCGACCACGGCUUCGUUCGCCAGAUCAGCGAUCAACAGCAGCAGCGGAGUGGUUACACCGUUUGGUGGAGUGUUUACGGGCGUACUGGUGUUACUGGCGCUCGGGCUACUGACGGACUAUUUCUACUUCAUUCCCAAAACUACGCUCGCUGCGGUCAUUAUUGCAGCAAUGAUAUUCAUCAUUGAGUAUAGGGCGGUCGCGGAAAUGUGGCGCAUAAAGCGAAUCGACAUCGUACCGUUUUUGGCCACAGUGGUAUCGUGCCUAUUUUUGGGACUAGAAAUUGGUAUCGUAGUCGGAAUAGCUGUAAAUCUAUGCUUUCCGCUGUACCUAGCAUCUCGUCCGCGCAUUACUCAUCGUGUAAUGAAUAUCAACGAAAUGACGGUACUGAUUGUUCGUCCCGAUAGUGACCUAGCAUUCUCGUCAGCUGAAUACUUCCGCGAGAAGAUACUUAAGCUAGUGAACUGCACCUUACCACAGGUAGUGCUUAUCGACGGCGAAUGGGUAAAGUUUGUGGAUAGUACGGUGGUUCGGAAUUUAUCCAGCACGGUGAGCGACAUAAGACAGCAAGAACGACACGUGCUGCUUUGGCGAUGGGAUAAGAACGUUCGUAGUGCUCUGUAUCGGUUUAAAAAACGCAAAUUUAUGCCGCUGUUGAAGAAUGAAGAGACCGCGGAAAUGGUCAUCGAGAACUGGAAGCCAGGAUAUUCGAACGAAUCGUACGUGAAUAUUGUUUAGUCGUAAAUUAUAAUACAGCGAUAAAUGGGGUGAAAUUAUCAUCAUAUAAAGUUCGCACUUACACACUA